ACCCAGUUUAUAUCACCUUGAGUCCAAAAGUGUUUCAAGUUUAAGACUGCGGGGACUGUGUGAGGUGGACAGAAAUGGCCACUGUCCUUGGCCUGGGACCUGGUCUCUUCACUUUGGUCCUGCUAUGGUCCUGUGUCAUUCUGGCGGUCAUUCUGUUCUUCCACGCACGUCGUUCAGUGGCACUGUCGGUGGUGGUGGCUGCCGCUAGCUUCACCUUUCUCCUGUCCAGGAUCCCAGUGAAGUCUGCCUACGAGGAGGUUGUGGAUGAUGGCAGGGUGGUGGACCCGCUGUACGUGUGGCGGCUGGUGCUGCUGGUGCUGGUGGCGCUGGCGGCCAUCGGUGGCGGCGUCAUGGUGCUGGUGCUGCACUUCAACGAAUGCGUGCUGGCCAAGCCGCUGCGUCGCUUCGGCCCCGGCUGAAGGUGCUCCAUGGUGCCUCCCCCCAGCGG